GAUAGAGUUCCUCCCACAUUCGGUCUGUUCAACAGACUCUGCUUGAACCGCAGCAACUUCACAGGCGUGGAGGGACAGGAACAUCAGAACUAUGGUUCAAGCUAAGAGCUGGAUCCUGAAGCAGCACUUUGAGGGUUUUCCUAAAGACAGUGACUUCGAGCUGAAGCAGGAGCAGCUCCCUGAGCCCAAAGAUGGAGAGGUGCUUGUGGAAGCAGUGUUCCUGAGCGUGGACCCCUACAUGAGGCCUUACAGUCGUGUACGAAUGCAGCCAGGCGAUGUGAUGAUUGGAACACAAGUGGCUAAAGUGAUUCAGAGUAAUAACCCAGCGUUUCCUGUCGGGUGUCACGUGGUUGGUCAAUGCGGAUGGAGAACACACACGGUAUCAGAUGGGACUGGUCUCACUGUGGUCCUGAAUGACUGGCCUCAGGAUGUUUCCCUCUCUCUUGCUCUUGGAGGCCUCGGCAUGCCAGGGUUGACAGCUCUGUAUGGUUUAGAGGAGGUGCUGGCCAUCAAACCAGGAGAGACUCUGUUGGUGAAUGCAGCGGCUGGUGCUGUGGGGAGUGUAGUAGGUCAGAUCGCUAAACUGAAAGGCUGUAAAGUGGUGGGUUCAGCUGGGAGUGAUGCUAAAGUGGCCUACCUGAAAGAGCUGGGCUUUGACCACGUCUUCAACUACAAGACCGUGCCUUCUCUGGAGGAAGUGCUGAAGCAGGCCUCACCUGAAGGAUACGAAUGCUUUUUUGACAAUGUUGGUGGACAUUUCUCCAGUGUCGCGCUCCCGCAGAUGAAACGCCUUGGGAGGAUUGCUGUAUGUGGAGGAAUUUCCUUGUACAAUGACGAAGAACCCCAAACAGGUCCUUAUCCCCACCUGAACAUGAUCUUUAAGGAGUUGCGGAUGGAAGGCUUUCUAGUGGGCAGGUGGGCGCAUAAGAAUGAGGAGUCUCUGAAGAGGAUGCUGGCCUGGGUGCAGGAGGGUAAACUGAAGUGUAGAGAACAUGUAACUGUUGGCUUUGAGAACAUGCCUGCAGCCUUCAUGGGGAUGCUACAGGGUGAGAACACAGGGAAGGCCAUCAUUAAAGUCUGAGGACUUUGCUUCACUCUCAAGCUUAUAAAAUAAACACUGUUUUGCUCUCAAUCUCUAAACAUAUAAUAAAAUCUGUGAUUUGCUGUUGUA